CUCUCCCGUUUAUGUCGAGACGACGUUCAAAACUACAAUCAACGGUGAUCUAUUUCGCCGGGAACGGAGAAGAAAACCCUAGAUAUGGCGGAGAAGCUUGCGCCAGAGAAGCGACAUGAUUUCAUUCACAACGGGCAAAAGGUAUUUGAGUGGGAUCAAACCUUAGAAGAAGUGAACUUGUACAUAACUUUGCCUCCCAAUGUUCAUCUAAAGGCUUUCCACUGCAAAAUCCAGUCGAAACAUAUCGAAGUUGGUAUCAAAGGCAACCCUCCUUAUCUCAAUCAUGAUCUUAGUGCUCCUGUGAAGACGGAUUGCUCGUUCUGGACUCUAGAGGAUGAUAUAAUGCACAUUACCCUGCAGAAGAGGGAGAAGGGGCAGACAUGGGCAUCGCCGAUUCUGGGACAGGGUCAGUUGGAUCCUUACGCCACUGAUCUUGAGCAGAAGCGCCUCAUGCUCCAGAGGUUUCAAGAAGAGAACCCAGGAUUCGACUUUUCGCAAGCUCAGUUCACGGGUAAUUGUCCAGAUCCAAGGAGCUUCAUGGGGGGUAUUCGUUCUGACUAAAUAUAGUCCUUCCACUAUUGUUGCUAUAGUAGUAUGUUCAAUAUAAACUCAAAAGUCACUACAAAAUGUCUCCUGGCUCAUAAAUAAACGCCCUGACUCUCUGUUUCUAUAACUCGUAAUGGCAAAUCUUAUAACUAGUCUUUCGUCUCUGUUUA